AUGUCGAAGUUUCUAGCCAACUUAAAUGUAGCCGAGGGAUGCAAGCUAUUGAGAGAGUGUUAUCUAGAUGCAGCAAAGGGGCUUGGUAAGCUCAAACCUAACCUCUAUCCUGCACUUCUAAAAGAGUUCUUGAGUGAUAUCCAGCGAGCCUGUUAUGAAAGGUUUAUACUCGAUAUAGCGUCAACUUACGAGGGGUAUGAAUUUUAUCUGCCAGCAUUCGUCAACUUCCGCGGUAGGAUUUAUCGCGCGGGGGCAUUACAUUUCCACGAGCGAGAUUUAGCAAGGUCUUUGAUAGUGUUCUCUAAGCGUAUAGUUUAUGAUGCUAAGAUGGCAAAUCCUUCUCAUAGUACAGAAUACGAUGAGAAGGUUAAGACAAUGUUAUAUGCGUCAGCCUCAUUUCAUUAUCAAAAGUUUGAUACUUACUCCGCGGCAGAGAGAUGGUAUCAUGAGCAGAGGUUUGAGUCAAUUGGUAGAAUCAUUGAGUAUGCACCUACCGCUAGAGAUCCCUUUCAGUUCCUAAGCAAGGCUCUAAUUAUCCAAAGGUUGGAUAGUAGGGUAUCAGAGUGGCAACUUCAUAUCACACAAGACGCAUCUGCAAGCGCUUAUCAGAUAAUUAGUUACUUUUUGUUAGAUUUUGAAAUAGCUAAUUGUACGAAUCUUAUUCCAACUAAAGGUGAUAAGGAGCCGCCUCAAAAGAAAAUAGGUAUUAAUGACGUUUACGACUUCUUUGUAUCGGAGAUUAAAAAGUCCUUGAUUGAGGAAUGUAAAACUUUCGAGGAUCCUCGCCUGAUUAGGACUCACGUAUGUGAGGAGCUUGAUAGAAAAAUUGUUAAAUCUCUCCUAAUGUCGUUGAUCUAUGGAAAGACAGCAUACUCCAUGGCGGACGAUCUCUAUCAACAUUACUCCUCCAUUUACUUAAAGAAAACAGAAUGCUUGAAGCUUUCUAGUCAUAUCGAGAAGUUCUUUAAGUCGAGGUUUCCUCAUAUUGUAAACCUAAUGACUUUAAUCCGCUCUGUAGGAUGGUUAGCAUCAGCUAUGGGUAGACCGGUCUACUAUUCAACACCAGUUUUUACUACAGUUCAGGACUAUAUGAAAUCGGAAGCUAUCAAAAUAUGGAUAUAUGAUCGUCCCAGCAAGAAAAGACGGCAGGUAACACUUAGAAUUCCCACUAACCUUCGUGAUCUAAAAAAGACUACUUCCGCCAUUUUUGCGAACUUCAUCCAUCAGAAGGAUGCUAAUAUAGCUUUUUAUAUGAUCAGAAAUGCUAAAUUAAGGGGUAUACCAAUAUAUACUGUACACGAUAAUUUCAUAACAACUCCAGAUUUCGCUCCACUUAUGGGUGGAUUUUACAUAGAUGUACUCGAAAAAGGACCCCAUCCAAUGGAGUUUAUUAACACAUUUAUUAUGCAGAAUCUCGCUGGGGAUAAAUAUUAUGACCAUGCGCGAGUAGAGUUAUGCAAAUGGGAAUUAAUUCAUGUUGAUGAGAUGUACAUACUACUAGGAGAGAUUGAUCUGCCGGAAUUAUACAAAAAAAGGAGAAAAUUUUGGGAUAGUAGGUUACAAGUUCUCGUAGACUCUUACUAUAGUUAUAUUCAAUCUAUACGAUACUUAGAUUAUAGAGACAAAGAUAAAUGUAUAAGGGAUUGCGAGGAUUCAGGCUAUUUUAUUAGAUUAGAAAGGUUCAAGAAACAAUUAGGUAAAUGGAAAGAUUACAUCCAUACUUAUUGUAUACACCUAUGA